ACACUGCGGUAAUGUGAAACCUUCAGCAUGGACUCGCAGCUUCACACGUCAGUAACGGUGCAUGUGUCUUCAUCCGUCACAGACAGCGUAUUGUGAGCGUGCACAGAUGCGCUCACUGCAGCACAGAUUGCCUUCACUCUGAAACACUGCAACAUCACAGACACACACAGAUCUCCUCCAGCUCCGAUCCUGAUCCGUCUCCUCCGGUUCCUGUCCAUCCGUCUGCUCCAGGCUGCUCCAUGCAGGGGAGCGGCUGAUCCAUGGGCCGCUCUCCAGUGAGCCUGUCCAGACUGAAGCUGGGGAAGCUAAAGGUGGUGCGGCGGCAGCUGCUGCAGCGCUAUGAGCACCAGCCGUUUGUCUCCUGUCUGGCCGGCCUGUACGGCUGCCAGUGGAGACGCUACCAGCGCGCCAAAGCCCAGCCGGGGGAAUGCUGCUGUAGUCGGUUGGAGUGCAGUUGUUUCGCUCUCCUCAUCGUAACGUUUAUCCUGACCCUGAUAUUCCUGUACUUCUGGAGUGAGGCGCAGAAUGACUACAACGACUUCGACUGGUUUAACUUUGGGAACCUGGGCUUCUGGUUCCCGUGGUCGGUGGUGUUGCUGGUGGUCGCCGCCGCUCUCUUCACCUACAUCGCCCUCCUGCUGGUCCUAGCUGUGUGCCUUCUCUCUGAAGGACAGAGGCUUUACCUCCACUGGAGCCACAAGAUUGGGAUCCUGGUGACUCUCAGCUUCUCCAUCAGUGCCACAGCUGUGCUCUCUGACGUGUGGAGCAAAGAAUGGACCACGCUGCUCCUUUCUUUUCAGGUUACAGCACCCUUCCUUCACGUGGGCGGAGUUUUUCUAAUGACACUUCUGUCCUGGCCAAUAGCCUUACACUUCUUUCGCAUGAACAAGAGAGUGAGGCAGGUGGCUCUCCUCAGCUUGUUCCUGGCGGUUCUCUUCGCCCUGUAUCUAGUGCCAUUGGGCAUGUAUUCACCCUGUAUUAAAGAGAAGGGCAGACUGGGGCCAGCGCCCACCCUCUUCGGGCACAGAGGAGCGCCCAUGCUUGCACCAGAAAAUACCCAGAUGUCCUUUGAGAAGGCUGUAGAAUCGGGAGGAGACGGACUGGAGACAGACGUCACAAUCAGUUAUGAUGGCGUCCCGUUCCUGAUGCAUGACAGCACCCUGAGGAGGACGACCAACGUGCAUGAGGUGUUCCCCAACCGGACGGACACACCGGCGGCCAUGUUCACCUGGGAUGAGCUGGAGAUGCUCAGCGCUGGAUCCUGGUUUCUUCAACGGGAUCCUUUCGGCACGGCCUCUUCUCUUGAUGUAGACGAGAAGAACCGGGUCCGAAACCAGACGGUACCCACCCUGAAGGAGUUCCUGGAUCUGGCAGCCCAGCACGAGAAGCUGGUGAUCUUUGACCUCAGACGCCCCCCUCGAGGACACCCCUACAGAGACACAUGGAUCACACGCACCCUGGAGGUCAUACACAACGAGUCCUCCAUUAACUCCAGCCAGGUGUUGUGGCUUCCGGCCGAUCAGAGGAGUCUGGUUCAGGAGCUGGACCCCGAGCUGCAGCAGACGUCUGGAGAUCAUUCCUCCAUCGAGGAGCUGCAGGAGGAGCACAUCGUCCGACUCAACCUUCAUUACAGCUACAUGUCACAGGAGCAGAUCAGAAAGUACUCCUCUGUGAACAUCAGCACUAACCUGUAUGUGAUCAGUCAGCCGUGGUUAUAUUCGCUGGCGUGGUGCGCAGGCGUUCAUUCAGUCACUACAAACGCCCUGCACAUCCUCAAGAAACUACAGCGCCCCUUGUUCCUCAUGACUCCAGAUGAAUACAGUCUGAUGUGGAUCCUGACCGACAUCGUCUCUGCUUUCCUCAUCACCGCUAUUUUCAUCUUCCACUGGUGGCGUGAGCGAGGCUUGCCCUUCUGGUCGGGCAGUAGACAGGUGAAUGAGAACGGACCGUACAGCAAGUUCCGGACGGAAGCGUCUGAGGUCCAAGGCAUCCGCUGGAACCCUCUGUUCUUUGACGGGCCGUCACCGUCCCGGGACCUCGACCUCACCCUGCAUGUUCCCCCUAUGCAUGGCUUCCCCGUCCCCAUCUGACCCUCCAUCAGUCUCGUUAUGAGCCGCUCUCAUCUCUCUCCUCUCUCUCCGGAUGGCAGAGCUGAGCGACGUCUGGUCCAUCUCCAGCAUCAGCGUCCGUGGAGGGGCUCAGAGCACGCCCCUCACACCCAACCUGCCCACCAUCAGCGAGGAGCCGCCCAUCUGACCCCCUCACAACACAGAUCUGUGGAGACCUGGAGCCGCUGUCAGCAUCAUCACACGCUCAUUUGCAUUCGAGCUUCAAACUCUGAGCUUCUGCUGUUGCUGCUUCAAAUUGUGAAGGAUUUCCUGGUUUAAAGACUGUAUACUCACAGUCAUAGUCUAGUCUUGACUCGGCUUCGAGACAAAAGUACAUGACCUUAUGUAUUUUGAACAAUGAUAUUAAAUUACCCUCUAUUAUUGGCCAAACUGGUAAUAUGAAGACAAAUGAGAAGAAAUAAAAAAAGUAUAUAUAUAUAUAUAUAUAUAUAUAUAUAUAUAUAUAUACAUAUAUAUAUAUAUACAUAUAAGUAUAUAUAUAUUUUAUAUUUUAUUUAUUAUAUAUACAUAAUAAUAUAUACAAAAUAUUUUAUUUAUUAAAUAUUAUAUAUAUAUAUAUAAUAUUUUGGAUCUAAGGAGGAACAUGGUAAAAAAAUGUAAAUCCCUAAAAUCAAAUCUAAAACCACUGUUUUGAAUUUCCCCUAAAAUUUGCAUUACUAUAAUGUGUCCAAACAUAGUAUUGUGUAAGUGUAUGUACACACACACACACAAACACGCACACACACAUUACCUUAAAAAAAUACAUUUAAAAAUUUUUUGACAUUUUGUGGGAAAAUGUGCUUAAAACAUAUCAAAUAAAAUCUUCGGUAACUUUCCAAUAAGUUUCCAUUUGUUAACUGUAUUUAAUAUAUCAACUAACAUUAACAAUGAGCGAUACAUUUGUUGCAGUAUUUAUUAAUCUUUGUUAAAUUUAGUAAAAUACAGCUGCUCAUUGUUAAGCUCAGGUCCAUAAAAUAACACUUAUACAUACAACUUUUGAUUUUAAUAAUGUAUCCGUAAAUGUUGAAAUCAAGAUUAAUAAAAGUGUUUCUCACUGUUAGUUUAACUAAUGUUAAUAAAUGGAACCUUAUUGUAAAGUUUUACCAAAUAUUAUAAUAUAUUAAUAACAAUAAAUAUAUUAUUUCCUAUUCUAGGGUGAGUUAUUCUUAUACUGUGCCAGUACCAUGAAAUUCAUGUACCAUGGUAUUUACAUGGUAAUUAACUGAAAAUGUAAUGUAAGUGAUAUUUUGUUAAAAAAUAUCAAAUGUAUUUGACCAAUUGUUUUCAGAAUUGGCGGCAUUAGAUGAAUCCAUCAUCCAGUUUCUGUUGCUUCUGUGAAGUUCGUUUUUAUCACUGAAGGCUGAGUUUGCCUGAUUUCUGCCGUCUGACGCAUGGUAAAAAUGAAAUGCACCACCAGAUUUAAUCCAGAGUGUUUUGGAAAUAUUAAAGAUGUCAGAUCCAUUGCAUGAUGUGAUAAAAUUGACAAAGCUUUACAAUCAGGAAGACAAUAACAAGCCAAACAGACAAUCUGCAUUUGAAAGCUUUAGAUUGCUGACACGAAACCUAAAGCGCUCGCUUUAAUCACCCUCUGUUAAUGCAAGGUUUCUGAUUAAUGUGAUGAGCUGAAAGGUCUUCGUUUGCAUGUUCAACAGACACGCUCUGGCUUGCAUUCAUGUUUUUUGCUCCAGAUGUUUCGCCUGUAUAAAAUGCAACGCCUAGAGUGAUUUCUAUUACUUAAUCCGUCUUAAUGUAACAUGUCUGUAAAUAUGAUUGUAAACUGAUGAAAUUCUGAUAAAAGUUUUUCGUUGUCUUUUUUUGUUACUCUAUGACAUCAUCUCUAAUAGCCUAAAUAAAAAUAUUUUAGCAGACUCCA